UAUAAGUACUUCCUAUCAACACUUGUAUACAUACGUAUACAUAUACAUAUACACGUAUGUAUUUCCUGGUUAUAAUUGGAUGAGUAGCAGGCUUUUAGUUUUUUGUCACUUAAUUAAGCUACGGCAUUUCUUUUCUGUGUCUUUAUUAGUUUCUGCUUCUAAUUUCUCAAAUUUCUUGAUCAUGGCUGGCUAAAAUGGGUCUUGGCCUUUGCUGAUCAUUUUUUUUGUUUAAUUUCCUGGGUCUUUUUUUUUUCCUUCUCCCAAUAAAAUUUGACCCAUUGCUACUACCCUCUGUCUGUCUCUUCUGCCAUCCCAUAUUCUUCUUCUUUUUUUUAAUUAUUUUUCCUUUCUGAUCUCUGGUACUGUAAUAUUAUAUAUAUAUAUAUAUAUAUUCAUAUAAAAUAUGCAUACUAAAGUACAAAGAAUUGUUCUGUUGCCCUUCUAUAUAUAUGUAAGGGAUAGUCUUUUCCAGUUGAGGAAGGAGGACCAGAUCUUUUAAGUUAGCUAGAUUUGUACAGUGUAGGAAGAUUAUAUAUCUAGCCAGUUAGGGUGAUAGAUACAUAUAUCUAUAUAUAUGGUAUGGGGAAGCUGAGUUUUGGGAGGGUGUUGGAUUGUUUUAGUGUUUCUACAGGAUGCUCUUGUUUCUGCAUGAAUACUCUCGAAAGGGAUGAAUUUGAUGAAAAGAAACCAUUGAUUAAUGAUUCUGAUCACAAAAAAUCCCAGCUGCUCAAAUUGAAAGAUGUUGUUGGAGGAAGCCAGACUCUGGCCUUUCAGUUGAAGCCCAAGAUGGUUGUGCUACGGGUUUCUAUGCACUGCCAUGGCUGUGCAAGAAAAGUUGAGAAGCACGUCUCCAGAUUAGAAGGAGUGACGUCAUACACAGUAGACCUGGAAAGCAAUAGGGUGGUAGUUAUUGGAGACAUACUCCCAUUUGAAGUGCUGGAGAGUGUCUCCAAGGUCAAAAAUGCUCGGUUAUGGGCUUCUUCUCCUUGUUGACUGAUCCUCAUUACAAAAUC